AUGAUUGAUGAACAUACGUUGCAGAUAGUGUUUGACGAAUUUUCUGACUCCAAGGCCAUGAUUGCGUCAGGUUUACUCAACGAGCUGAAAGCAUCGGCGCGUACCACGGGAAACAUUAUAAUUUUAGUUGUUAUCUGCCUCUUCUCUAACACACGCGAAUCGUCGCGCCACUUUUUGACGGCGGCUAAUUCGCAGGGCAUGAGUGUGAAUGAAUAUGCUUACAUCCUGCCUUGGUUACAGGAUGGAGCCAAAGAGAGCGCACCAUGGAUCAGUGCCGACGGAAGUAUGAUACAGAGAGUCAAGGAUCAGUACGCCAAUGCCAUAAUUAUAGACGACGUCAACAGUUUUGACAAUUCCAUUAUCCAACCUUUCAUAGACAGAGUAAAAGAAGCUGGACUUACGGAAGCCGAUGUGGAUAUUGCCAACGUAUAUGGUUACCUAAAUCUGUUUGAUUCCCUCAAACUAUACGCUUUGGCUGCAAGGAAAGCCAUGAAUGAAACUGGUGGAGCGAAGAACCUUGUCAAUGGGCGAAAAAUGUGGAAUAUUAUGCGGAAACUCAAGUUCUCAGGUAUGCUGGGUUCAUCGGGUAUCGCAUCCGGAGUUGUGACCAUGGACGAUCGAGCCGAGAGGGCACCGUUGUAUCGCGGUUUCUUCGUAUCUCCAAAUUCGGAUCAGGUAUCGUCGAUGGUUCAUAUGGAACCUACAAUCGUACAGAACUGUGACGGGCUGCUCAACAAAAGCGGUUGCUACGAUAUUGUGGUAACUGAUCUUAUGCGUGAUUUUUGGCCGUCAGCCGACAGACGCAUGCCGAGGGACGAGCCUAGCUGUGGAUUUCGUGGAGAACGCUGUGACUUCACUUUGGUCAUUAUAGGAUUAGUUCUCAUUGCCCUGUUGCUUCUCGGGAUCUGUUUCGCAUACGGCAUUCACCGAAUAGUGGAAAAAAGAGCGCUCGACAAGUUGCCAUUCCGCGUUUAUCGCGAUGAUAUGCAAUUUAUAGACGAAGAACAGCUCAAAAGCAUGCUCUCGCUCGGUAGCACUCGAACAAAGAUGAGCAACGCAAAUUAUGGAUCCCGAAACCAUGCCAUCAUUGGUACAAACACGCAUGUUAUAUACCAUAAAUAUCCUCAACGCCGGCCUAUCGCUUUUAAUCGUGCUGAUAAAGCCCUUCUUGCAAACCAUGAUCUUGAAGAGCUCAUUGAACAAAGUUGGACGGUAUACCCCAUUCUUAAAGACAGCUUCAAAUUGAAUAGUACUAUGGAGAACAUAAAAGAUUUGAAUUGGUUUUUUAGCAUCAAACAAGCUGUACAUGACAACAUAAAUCCCUUUUUGGGUAUUGCUUUCAAUGAGAAAGAAGAACUACUGGUGGUUUGGAAGUUCUGCUCGAGAGGGUCCCUACAAGAUGUCAUCUAUAACGAGAAUAUAGCACUGGAUCAGAAGUUCCACGGCGCAUUCAUUCGUGACAUACUCGCAGGAUUGGAGUAUCUUCAUUCAUCCAACAUUGGCUUUCAUGGUUCACUUACAACGUGGGCAUGCCUUAUAGACAGAAAUUGGAUGAUUAAACUGACAGAUUAUGGUGUCGCGGAUGCCUUGGAGCGCUGGGAGAAACAACAAGCGAUUUCUGUGAUUGAUAUCGAAAGCGCUGAGGAUAAAUCUCAAGCGAAGCAAUCAACGAGUGUGCUGUAUGAAGCGCCUGAGUUGUUGAAAAAUCGUGAGAAGAAUCGCUUACGGAGACAAGAUCAAGACUGGAUGAAGCAAAGCCUGGCACGAAAACAACUUGGCGACAUUUACGCGUUUGGUGUUAUCAUGUAUGAGAUUAUUUUUCGAGCACUGCCAUUCCCUGAAGGCACGGAUUUACUGGCUCUUGUUGAAUCCUUAAAAGACGGAAGCAAAGUCACCAAACCUCAAAUUCAAACAAACAAGGUUUUGAAUAUGGAUCUAACAAGUCUUAUAUUGGACUGUUGGAACACCAGUCCCGAAAUGAGGCCUAGCAUACGACGAAUCAAACUGAACGUGGAGACUUACCUUAAAGUACGCGGAAGUCUUGUGGAUCAAAUGAUGCGAAUGAUGGAACAGUAUGCGAACAACCUCGAGAAACUCGUGCAAGAGCGAACAGGGAUGUUAGAAGAAGCAAACGUCAGAGCCGAUAAGCUAUUAAGUCAACUUCUACCAGAGUAUGUUGCUAAAGAAUUAAAACAAGGAAGAGCAGUUCCACCGAAAUCGUUUGCUUCGGCAACCAUACUUUUUAGUGACAUUGUUGGUUUCGCCGAUUUAUGCAAAACUGCCACUCCAUUGGAAGUGGUCAACGUUCUCAAUGGUGUGUUUGAUGGUUUCGAUCAAUUCAUCGCAAGAAGGGACGCAUACAAGGUGGAGACGAUUGGAGACGCAUACAUGGUUGUCUCCGGAGUACCGGAAGAGAACGGACAUCGGCAUAUAAAUGAAAUAGCUAGCAUUGCUCUGGAUGUUCACAAGUUUCUCACCGACUUCAAGGUUCCACACAAGCCUGAUCAAAGGAUAGUGUGCCGUCUCGGAUUUCAUACAGGACCAGUUGCGGCAGCUGUUGUUGGGCUCAACGCCCCCCGCUAUUGCCUGUUUGGAGACACGGUCAACAUGUCGGCUCGAAUGGAGAGCAAUAGCUCACCUGCACAAACGCAAAUCAGUGAAGCCGCCAACAAACUUCUUUUGCAACAUUACCCAGAAUAUCAAACAGAGGAAAGAGGACAAAUUCAAGUGAAGGGAAAAGGGAUGUGUACGACGUUUUGGCUCCUUGGUGUGGAGAGAUCAACAUCGAACGCUUACCUAGCACCCAGUGCACAGGAAUCCAGCAAUUUCAGUGGAUACCUCGGUGCCGCUGGUUCUGUGAGUAGUUUGGGCACUCAGAAGCUCAGAAAUCCAUCAGGAAGUGUGAUGUCAAAGUGA